AUAGACUUUUUCUGCUUCUCAGUCAGGUCGGGACCUGCAGCAGUACCAGAGCCAAGCUAAACAGCUUUUCCGGAAAUUGAAUGAACAGUCACCUACCAGAUGCACCCUAGAAGCAGGAUCAAUGGCUUUCCACUACGUUAUUGAGAAAGGGGUAUGUUACCUGGUGUUGUGCGAAGCCAACUUCCCCAAGAAGCUGGCCUUUGCCUACCUGGAGGAUUUGUAUUCUGAGUUCGACGAACAGCAUGGAAAGAAGGUGCCGACGGUCUCCAGGCCCUAUUCCUUCAUUGAGUUCGACACUUACAUCCAGAAGACCAAAAAGCUCUACAUUGACAGCCGGGCAAGAAGGAACCUGGGCUCCAUCAAUACAGAGUUACAGGAUGUGCAGCGAAUCAUGGUGGCCAACAUUGAAGAAGUCUUACAACGCGGAGAGGCGCUCUCAGCUUUGGACUCCAAGGCCAACAACUUGUCCAGUCUGUCCAAGAAGUACCGUCAGGAUGCAAAGUACCUUAACAUGCGUUCCACCUAUGCCAAACUGGCAGCUGUGGCUGUUUUUUUUAUCAUGUUAAUAGUCUAUGUGAGAUUCUGGUGGCUGUGAGGUGCUGGCAGUCACCGGAGAGGGAGCACUUGUAGCAUGGCAGGGGUAUGCGUGUAGCACACUUUGUUCCCAGGGAUGUGCAUUAGAAUCCAUCCAGGGCUGUCCCCCGUAAGGGUGUGUCCUGAAAAUGACCCUAAGUACCACACCCCUUAGCAAAUCUGAAUUGUAGGCAUAGAGUUUGGGUGGGCACGAGGCUCCUCCUCUAGGCACUGGACUCAGCUCCCACAGUACUAAGCUCAUAACGGUGCUGUUGGGUGUCUCCUGGAGCAGUUGAUCUGACAUUUAUCCUAACCAGGGGCUGCUGGCAGCAGUCACCUCUUCCUCCCUUUCAGAGAGUAGCGCUAGUGAGAAAUGGAAUCUAAUGGACAUUCCUUGUGUCAGCAAUGUUUGCUUUCUCCAAUCUGAGUCUGCUUUUGCUUUUUAAAACAAGACUCCCUUGUUUGAAGGCUGAUUCUGCCCUGUAUAUAUUGUAAUGGCUUUCACCCUUGUCGAACUAGCUGUUGUUGGGUUUACGUUGUCUGACAUCUUUGCUUGUUAAAUUUUCAGUUGCUUUAGGAAUAAAUGGAUAUUAAAUUAUGCCUUAAAAUUACAUUAUCUUGAGUCUUAGACAGUGAAAGACUACUGUCACGGACUCCUACAAAAUUAAACGCCUAGUUUGUAAAUCUCACUUUCCUGCCAGUUGUGUGUAAGAGUUUGUUUUAACAUGUCUCAGAACAGUCUUUUGGUGUAAUUAAAAAGGUAUUGGCCCAGGCGUAAUGCAAGUAGUUUAAUCUGUUUUCCUGACACCAGUCUAUUUCCAGAAUCGUUGCAUUAUUUCUUUCCCCUCUGUAUUCCUCAAACAAGUGUAUCCCUACCACUCGCGUUCCAGCACUUGCUAACUAUCCUACAAGAACAGUCCAGCAUGUGUGAUGGUGCAGAAAAUAGAACAUUUCUUCAAGAAAACGUUUGUUUCAUGUUUCUGUGAAGUUGGUGAUAAAGAAUAGUAUUGAGUUUUAAAAACCAAGCUCUUGUGUCAAUGUCGUGUUCUACCUAGUGUCACUGCUCUCCACUUCUUGUGGCAAAGUCAAACUGUAGCUGAAGCGAGAUUCAUAUUGUGGGGCUAUAGCGUUUAAUUUCCAGUUUCUCACUGGCCAAUAGAAACAGCUCCAUUGUGAUGCAACUUUUGCAGUUGAAUUUUUGGUCCAAGUGCUAGAAACUUUCUUUCCUGUUCGGGAUCAGUUUUGUAAAUCAGAUCUCUGUAAAGGCGCCCCCUGCACCUCUCCACAGUAAGGUGUCUGUUUCUGUCCUUACCUAGGAAGUGAACUCUCAGAGAACAGACAUAACAGAAGGACAGAUUCAAAUUCCUCUGCAUCUCCAGAGAACACUUAGUCUGCUGCGCCUCUGACAGUGUGAGAUGUGGUCACAGAGUGUCUCCGGCAGUAAGGUAGGGGGGCUGGAGUGACAAGCAGCCCGAGCGACUCCCCUCUCUUCCUGUGGGCAGGCAAGUAGGCAGCUACAGUUUGUCUGCUGGUCUACUUGAAACCAGCCCCGGGUCACCGUGAAAUAAACACUUGCAAAUGGUCA